CUACCUCCAGAACUAAUUCAUUCAAUAUCAAAAUUUUUAACUCCCAUCGAAUACUACCGUUGCCUUUUCGUGAGUCAAUUUUGGUAUCGUACCUUCAAACAGUUUCUCUACAGAAGAAUUUUCAUACAUUCAGACGAACAGCUUGAAAAGCUUGUAGAAUCACUGCAGUCUUCCCCUGGGAGCAAGGACAAGGAGCAAUCUUCAAACGGCCUACUAAUAAGAGAGCUCUGUCUAGCUCAAAAAUCUCUUUCUUGCGAAGAAAAUCCAGUGAAAAUUAGCACUGACGUGCUAAGUUUAAUUGGAGAAUUGUGUUCUAAUUUGGAAGUGUUUACUUUUGAUAUAACAAAUUGGCAGCAUUUACAGUUAACCACAAAGCUAAUUGAAGAUUUGCGUUGGAAGCAUUUGCGGAAAUUUGCUCCUAUACCACAUACUAUUUUCGACAUCAUCCCAGCAUCCACUCUUGCCAAAUCAAAUCUAACUCAUCUUCAUCUAAGUUCUUCACUGGUGCCUUGGAAGUGCCUGCUGGAAAAGCUUAAGACUAUCCCAACAAUCAGUCAUCUAGCGCUGGAAAUUGAUUAUAAUAGUGGGCAGCAGCAAGAGGAUGCCCUGAUAAGGAUGCAUUUACAGGAAAUAUCUUAUUCCUUACCAUUACUUGAGGGACUCAAAUUGAUUCGCCGUAAAGUUUCAAGAUCUCAAGCACCGUUCUCAUCAGAGAUUCCCUUCAAUUUGACACAAUUAUUGCAGCCUAGUCAACUAAAAUCUUUAUCACUUGAAGGAUUAGUUGACGACCUAUAUUGGUUUGAAUUCAUAUGUAAGAGCUAUCCCCUUUUAAAGUCACUCUCAUUAGCUCAAUCUGGUUCAAAUACGUUGGAUUCAAAGUGGAGGUGGCAGGGGGCUUUUCUCUUAAUGAUACGCAACCUACCAAAACUAAAAUCGCUUUUCUUGUGUGGUGCAAACGCUAUGAAUCUCCUCUCGGAUGGCUUGGGUCACGAGUUAAGAAAAAAGGAGUGUUCGAUUGAUAGUUUAGCUGUAAAAUCUAACACUUAUCAACGAAUGGACUCGUGCCAACUUCUGUUUUUGAUUGCUAAACACGGAUAUCGACAACUCAAGUACCUCAGAUUGGCAGUUUGGGAGGAUAUGCCUGGGUGGUCAAGUGCACCCUACAGCCUAUUAAGAUGCACUCAAUUGGUUGAAUUGGAUUUAGCAUUCUCGCGGGGCAUUUCUUCUCAAUACCCGUACACACCUUUCCUAAUAGAUCGCUGGCUAUCUCACUUACCUCAACUGGAACGCUUAACACUGCGUGGAGUAAAGCUUCAAGUAGAGUAUAACAGCUUUGAUGAUUUAGAUAAAUCUAACAAAAGCUUCGCCUUAAAGAGCCUUAAAUUACAGCUCUCAAAAAUAGAGAAUCAUGAAGUUGUAUUGCGCUAUAUAUCGUUUUGUUGUCUACAGUUAGAAGAUUUAGCUUUCCUCGAGUGC